GUUCCCGGCAGCCCGCAGCGCUGUCAAGGGGCCGCUGCCGGCCAGGCUACCUGGAGCCUUGACCUGGCUCAGGGGCACCCUCUGAGAACCCAUCUUCUCCCCUCUGUUGGUGUGCAAGUCAACACGGGGGGGAAAGCAUCCGGCAGCCUCAGGGAGCCCUAAAGAAGCUGAAGCAGAAUGUACCAGGGACACAUGCAGGUAGUAGGUGUAACCUUGAAGAAAAAGUGGCACUGUCUUCAAAAAAGUGACCUGACCCUGGCUUUGGGAAAAGGCUCUAGGGCGGCAGAUAAGGCUGUUGCCAUGGUGAUGAAGGAGAUACCGAGGGAGGAGUCUGCUGAAGAAAAGCCCCUCCUUACUAUGACAUCACAGCUGGUGAAUGAACAGCAAGAGAGCAGACCCCUCCUGAGUCCCUCCAUCGAUGAUUUUCUCUGUGAAACCAAAUCGGAGGCAAUAGCAAGGCCAGUAACGUCCAACACAGCCGUAUUGACCACAGGUUUAGAUCUCCUUGACCUGAGUGAACCCGUCUCUCAAACCCAAACCAAAGCCAAGAAGUUGGAGACCUCAUCGAAAACCUCAUCCCUCAAGAAAAAGGUUGAUGGGCCUGACCUCAUCAGUGCGGAUGCUGAGCAGAGAGGCCAGGCUCUCCGAAACCCAGAGACGGCAUCCCUAGACUUAGACAUUCAAACACAACUGGAAAAAUGGGAUGAUGUUAAGUUUCAUGGAGAUCGAAAUAGCAAGGGACAUCCCAUGGCAGAGAGAAAAUCAAGCUCAUCUAGAACUGGAUCAAAAGAACUUUUAUGGUCCUCAGAGCACAGAUCUCAGCCAGAACUGAGUGGUGGGAAAAGCGCCCUGAACUCUGAGUCGGCUGCAGAGCUGGAAUUGGUGCCUCCAACGCAGGCUCGACUGACCAAAGAACAACGCUGGGGAAGUGCAUUGCUUUCCAGAAACCACUCCUUAGAAGAGGAAUUUGAAAGGGCAAAAGCAGCAGUGGAGUCAGAUACAGAGUUUUGGGAUAAGAUGCAAGCAGAAUGGGAAGAAAUGGCCCGGAGGAACUGGAUAUCAGAGAACCAAGAAGCCCAGAACCAGGUUACAAUCUCAGCUAGCGAGAAGGGAUAUUACUUUCACACUGAAAACCCCUUCAAGGACUGGCCUGGAGCAUUUGAAGAAGGCUUAAAAAGGCUGAAGGAAGGGGACCUGCCAGUUACUAUCCUGUUCAUGGAGGCAGCAAUUCUUCAGGACCCUGGAGAUGCAGAGGCAUGGCAGUUCCUCGGGAUAACCCAGGCAGAGAAUGAAAAUGAACAAGCAGCUAUUGUCGCCCUCCAGAGGUGCUUAGAAUUGCAGCCCAACAACUUGAAAGCUUUGAUGGCUUUGGCUGUGAGUUACACUAACACCGGACAUCAGCAGGAUGCCUGUGAAGCUUUAAAAAAUUGGAUUAAGCAAAAUCCAAAGUACAAAUACCUUGUGAAGAGCAAGAAGGGGUCUCCAGGCCUCACCCGGCGGAUGUCAAAGUCUCCCGUUGAUAGCUCUGUUCUGGAAGGAGUGAAGGAAUUAUAUCUAGAAGCUGCCCACCAAAAUGGAGAUAUGAUCGACCCAGACCUACAGACAGGUCUGGGGGUACUGUUCCACCUGAGGGGAGAAUUUAAUAGAGCAAUAGAUGCAUUUAAUGCUGCCUUAACUGUUCGGCCAGAGGACUAUUCAUUAUGGAACCGCCUCGGGGCGACCUUGGCAAACGGAGACCGCAGCGAGGAAGCCGUGGAGGCCUACACACGAGCGCUGGAGAUUCAGCCAGGCUUCAUCCGAUCCAGAUACAACCUGGGGAUAAGCUGCAUCAACCUGGGCGCCUACAGAGAAGCGGUCAGCAAUUUUCUCACUGCCCUCAGUUUGCAAAGAAAGAGCAGGAAUCAACAGCAAGUUCCUCAUCCUGCAAUCUCUGGGAAUAUCUGGGCUGCCCUCAGAAUUGCCCUUUCUCUGAUGGACCAACCGGAACUCUUCCAGGCAGCUAAUCUCGGUGACCUGGAUGUCCUCCUGAGAGCUUUCAACUUGGAUCCUUGAUGGAAAAGAAAAAAAUAAAAAGAAUCCCUGAUCUGUGUAAUUGUACUGAGAAACGCAAAACUAUUUCAUUAUGAAUUCCAAAAAGGAUAAAAUGGAUGUUCAAAAGGCUAUGGUGAUAUAACCCAAGGGAAUUCCUACAGACAAUGCCCAGUCUCUGUUCAGAUCCAAAAGCACAAAACAUUAUAUAGUCAAGGUCGGGCUCAGAAGAAGAAUUGAUAGACACAAACCAAGAUUAAGUAACCGUGUGAAUACUCUUCAGAAGCUGCAAGCAUAUUGCAAGUUCUUUGGGGUUUUGUCCCCACUUGCAGCUGAUGACACAUCUAAGGAACUUGCUCAUGGGACACCUGGAGAAAGCACUGCCUUGGAUCAGGGAAUUGUGUUUCUGAACUGUCCCCUGAAAUUCCCCCUUUUACCAGAUUGAACAUAGUUUGGGCCAAGGUGCAUGCACAUAUAUUAACUCUUGACUAAAGAGAGGCAUUGCUUAAACCUGUUCCAAUUUUAACUUUUAUUGUUGCCCUUUGAUUCCAGAGAGCGAGCUUUGCUGGCAAAAGCAGUUUUUGCACUAGAAAUUUUUGCUCUUCCCAAUCAAAACUUUUCUGGGAUUGUAUAUAUGCACUUUAAUA